UGUGUCUCCAAAUGUUCAUUGUUUGUCCGUCCAUUUAUUUGUCAGCUGCUGCAGUUGAAUUCCUCCCACGCCGCAGAGCUGGACGCUGCACGGACGACACACGGCGAGCUGCAGGACAGACUCCGGUCGGCGACCUCAGAGGUGCUGCAGCUGAGGAGCUCCGUGAUGCAGGUGUCUGCAGAGAGAGACAAACUGAGGGAGCAGUGCAGCCAAAUGGGACAGGCGUUCGAAGCACAAUCAGCAACACUGCACGGCCUCAGGAAUUACAUCGGCCAGCUCGCCCCAGAGAGACAAGAGAAGGAGCAAUUAAACCGAGCCGUGGAGAGACUGAACUCAGAGAAAGCAGAUCUGCAGAUGACGGCUGAACUCUUGACCAUCAGGCUCAAUUCUGUGAAUGAAAUCCUCUCCCUCCAAGAAGAGAGACUGGUGAAGAAGACCCUGACAGAGCCACGUUUGAAGCCUGGAUCUGAAGGCCUUCUUCUGCUGAAGCUCUGGAGAGAGAAAGUCUUUAAGUUGUGUGUUCAGCUUCGUUCAAAGGACGUUGAACUGAGAAGAGAAAAAGACAAACUUCUUUCAAAGUUUACAUCCCUGGAGCAGCAGCUCCAGCAGGAGCAGCACCGGGCCGCCGUGCUCCAACACACCGUGGAUGACAGGAUAGCUGAGCUGGACCUGGAGAGAGUGGAGAAGGAGACAAUGAAACGAGACUUGGCUCAGGCGCACAAAGAAAAUUCUCAGCUGCAGUUACGCUGUGAGAAAUCAGAGGCCGAGGGGAAAAUGCUGACAGAAGCGGUGCACAGAUUCAGGCUGGCGUUUGAAGGCAAAGUGGCGGAAGUGGACGCCGCUCAAACACGACUCAGCACUUUGACCCAGAGGCUGGCGUUCGCUCACAGACGAGUGCAGACGAUUCAAGGUCUGUUAAUGAGACGAGCGGCUCUGCAGGAACUACAUCAGGCCGGGAAAGAGACCGAAAAGACUUCUGACAGGUACGAAAUAAAUCUACACUGAAAUCCUGGAAUCCUGGAAUUGGUUAGACCUCUGGACCACAAACACGAUGUUAAAUAUUUUCUUUAUAUCUGUAGGUGUGAAAUAUGUUUUUUUUAAUAUUCUGUUAUUGAAACACGACUCGUUUCUUCUGACUGUGUACGUUUGAAAAUGAAAAUUUAUGAUGAGGUGCAGGUUUCAUUAAAAAAUGAUUAAAAGUUUUUAAAUGAAAUCCUGAGUCGUUUCAGACGUAGAGAAUCAAUUCUGUUGACAUUUAACUCCAACAGUUAAAGCACUUCCUCUGCAGCUCUUUCAUCAUUGUUGCAGAAUUGUCACUGAUGCAGUUUCCACAGUAACUGAACUUCACACCUCAGUACUGCGGUCAAACACAGACAUAUCUGUUACAGCCUUGUUUGAAGAACAACAUGUAUUGAGUGGUGUAAUCAAUAUUGUUAUGUUUAUACGACGCUACUACUUGGACAGCAUCGGUUUAUCACAAUAAAGCAGCUGUAGUGGUGGUUACACGGGGUAGAAAACUCUGUUCUCUCUCUCUCUCUCUCUUGUUUUUCUCUUUGGUUUCCUCUGCCGUCUCGUCUUCAGGCCCCCGCUGUUGCCGGAAGUGUUGACAUCAAUCAGCUGCUCGCGCACCAAAAAUCUUAUUGGGCCCCGAAGAAGCUAAUUCUUUAUAAAAUGC